GGAAGUUAACUUAAACAUGUACAUACCUUUCAGACCAGCCCAGUUCAUAAGCGUUAAGAAUUAUGUGCAGAGUUUCUGCACAGGUGGCGGCUGGCAGUGACCUGGAUGCACUGCACCUGUCGCCUGUCAAGUGGCUGCUAAUGCGAUUAGGGAGCACACAGAAAACGGGAUUGGCACUCGGGACUGGCAACUCAGCUGCCAAUCAGGUGGGCCAGCCACAAACUUCACACAUUUCGGACACAUAUAUCCAUCCACUCCACAACCAGAAGGACACGAAGUAAAGUAAACACAACCCCACACCCCUGACAAGAUGCCGGCGGACAUAGUGACCACGGAGCAGCUGCGCUACCAGCUCGCCUUCAGCCAUGCCAUGGAAAGGACGACGAGGCACUGGCAGGAGACCUUCGCGUGGUACCCUAAGAUGCAGUGCUGCCACUACCAGCGGAUCGACCAGAUCUAUCUGACGAGUCGCCAGCGGUACGGCGACGGCCACUUCCUCAAGUACGCCAACAGGAGGCGCCUGGCCAAGAAGUUCAUGGUGACCGCCCAGGAGGUAGCCGAAGGCUUGGAGGAUCUGAAGAUGCUGGAGCAAGACGGCAUUACGGGCCUCAAAGUUGCGGUCACCGAGAACGGGGAGUACGGCCGAAUGAAGCCCUCCAAGCUGUACAUGUGCUAGGACACCCUGUGACCGGCCGGCCCGCUCUGCUCCCCAAUCCUCGCCAGAACCCCUCACGAUUAAACUAUCAUUCUCUGCUGACAAUGCAACUCUCAAUGGCCGUCACUCAUUACGCGAUUUUAGCAUGACCAUGCGCAUAAUUAACAAGGUGAAAACGUCAGUCCCACCUGCAACUGCUUGCCCCGCCCGCCUCGCCGCCGUAGCGAGUGCUCACUGUACCUUCUCCUACUGGGGCGCGGUUGAAAAGUUCGCACAGGUAAUUAAGUGAUCGCGUCUGUCCAUUCGAUGAGAUGACUCGCCUCGUUUGUUCGGGAUCUCGGGAACUGCUUUAUGGCGCCCAUAAACUGGGAAAUAUUCCGCGCACUGAAUUAAUUAUAGAACCAUGCGAAUCUUAAGGAUUUUGCUCAGGAAAGUCGCCUUCCCCUGGGCUAAUUCUACUACUAUAUUGAUAAAUUUACAAUUGUGAAAUAUAAUCUGGGAUACUGUUUGCGAGUAUAU